AAUUAUUUACAAACACAAUCGCAAUUACCUCUGAUUGAUUGACGCCUGCUCACUAUUGGUUACAAAUUACAAUAGAUUAUUGCAAAAAAAAAUCACAAAUUCAGUCGAUUUAGUUCAGUCCAAGGAACUCAAGUCAGCUGGUUUGAUUUGAUUAUUACUUUUUAGUUUAUUACUCAGUGGGUCAGUGGGUGGUGUAAAAAUGUUAUACAUCAAAACAUCUCGCACAGACCACUGUAUAGCCAUAACCAAACAACAAUUUUGUAAAUUGAAAAUUGCAGCAAAACAAAAGCAAAGAGAAUAGGGAAUAGGUAAAGUGGAAAUAAAGAUACCAAUGAAGUGCAAAGUUCAAUGAAGUCCUUUCGAAUACGACUAUUGUAAACAAAAUAACCUGAGUAAAGUGAACUUCCUGAGUUGCCUAUAAAUGAAAUAAGUUAAACUUUAAAGUGUGAAAAUAUUGGAAAAGAUAGACCUGUGUGACUAAUCUUCAGAUUGUAUUUAAGCCAAUUUCUAUAUAAAAAUCCUUAUCAAAUAGUAAAAUGACCCUUUUAGAGAAGGAAUGGUAUAUCCAAGCGCCCUGGGGACGAUUAGCCAUUAUAGCAUGGGGUGACUGCAGCGACCCGCCAGUGCUGGUGUGCCAUGGCGCCAAGGAUUCGGCUGCGAGCUUCAGACCCCUUAUGAAACUGUUGCCAAAGAAAUACUAUUACAUUGGUAUGGAGUUACCAGGCAACGGCAGGUCAGACCCCAUGCCACCGGGUCUCAUGGUCAGCUUGUAUGACCUGGUGUACAGCAUACAGGUGGUUGUCAAACACUUUCGAUGGGACACCUUCAUCUUUAUGGGACAUUCCAUGGGGUGCUCUGUAGGGUACAUCUACAACAUAUCAUAUCCGGGGAAAAUGAGCAAACUAAUUCAAUUGGAUCCUAUAAGCAUCGGCUUUGUGACACCAGUAGAAAAAUUCUCUUACUGGUACAAAAUAUCAUUCAAGGCAUAUUUUGAUAACUACGACAGAUACAAUGUUAAAAAGGACGACAGACCAAAGUAUACCAGGGAAGAAGCAGUAUCGAAACUGAUAAAACGGCGAGGAUUCACAGAGGAAGCCGCGGAAGAAACACUAGCUAGAACCAGCGAACCAGCGGGCCAUGGAUAUGUACGAUUCACCUUCGACGAUCGUUUCGAAGCAAUGACCUACCCUCCAGUUUCUCCGGACUAUAUAAAAAAGUUACUAACCAACAUGAAAAUCCCCAUUCUUACCAUAUUAGCCGACGAAUCCAUCAAGAAAGGUCGGUAUAGGGAGACGCAGUUUCUAUUAGAUGACAAGUCAUUCCCUAACAAUAACUACAGGGUGCGUGAGGUGGUAGGUCAUCACGAUUUACAUGUUGUAUAUCCGGAGAGAAUAGCGUCGUUUGUUAGUCAGUUUAUAUUGUAUGGGUUUGAGGGAUUGGAUAGAAAAUCUAAAUUAUAAGCUCUUUGAUCUUAUAUCAAUAGGGAUCAUGCGUAUGUCAAAAAUAAAUGGGUAUUUCUUAGUA